AUGAGCAACGCAAGCCCAGGCAACGCUCCCUGUCUCGCCCAAUCAGCCAUGGAUCAGCCUAAGCCCUCAAACGAUUUACUAUCUCCUCGAUUCCUCACUCGUCGAAUGUCUCUUGAAGACUCUGGGAAUAUCCUCACAGCCACAACGACCGCACGCCGCAACCAAUCUUUGGUGCACUACCCUCGGAGCUAUGAUGGUACAAUUCGUCAACUUCUAAGACAGAUUCCACUUCCGCAGUCGAUCAUUUGCUGUGUCUGCCACACCUAUCACCCUCGAUCCGAAUUCUCCCCGACCCAACUCAACAAUCUCCGCCAGGCAAUUUACGAGAGCAGGGAGAACAUAUAUGACCCCCACCCGGAGAUUUUCUCCACUCAACAGAUCACCAAGUGCAUUGCCUGCUCUCAGAGCCAAGUGGUUGAGAAGAAGUGCGGCCUUUGUGGUCAAUUUCGUGGUCUCCGUCAAUUCUCGAAGAAUCAGCGUUCCCGAGACAUUUCUUACUGCAUGGAUUGCAUGGAAGAACAGAUGUCAACCGAUCCUGAUGCUGAGAAUGCUCGUAUGCAGAGCUUGGGAGAACGGACUUCCGCGUCUGACUCGGACAUUGGUCUGGGUGCCUUCACAUUGGUGGGCGGCCGGUCCUACAUGGACUGA